AUGGAUCAAUGGAGUGGAAGGAUCCGAGCCAUUCCCCUCCCCUGUAAAGUGUGUUCAUCCAAGAGUGCUCACACCUUCACCAUGUCUACCUUCAGAAACCUCGCCGUCCUCGCCGUGUUGGGUCUUGUCAACGCACAAGAAACCAUCGGGUUCGGCCCAUACUUCGCCCUCGGCCCUACCUCGUCCUGGAUCCGCGAAGCAACCACAACACUGGUUCUCCCCGAAGUCCCGAGCCCACAGAAAGACCGUCUUGCCCUUUGGCCUGGUAUGGGGACAAGCGGCGGUGAUUUGAUUCAGGCUCUUGCUGUUUCGUUCGCUGACCCUGCAGCCAACUGUGGAGCGAAAGCUGGUCAAUGGUGCACAUGGGCUAGUACACUUGAAGACACCCAGCUGGGUGGAAAGCAGGUGCCUGCUGAUGCUGGUGAUGAGAUCAAAAUGCAUUACAAGUACAAUGAUGAUACCAGCAAGUUCGACCAGACGGUCUCUAUCAAUGGAGAGGUUGUGUCAACUCUGUCAACGAGUUCUGGCCAAGCCCAGGGCUGGGGUACCGCUGUCGAAUGCCAGGAUGAUGCCUGCAAGGGUACCGCUGCAGCACACGAAUAUCUCGAUACUACUAUCAUCCUGAACGCGGCUGACUCCUCUUUCGGCAAUACCCUGGCCAUCAACGAAGCCACUUCUUCUGGUCUGAAGACAACUGAUAACGGAAAGACGUGGACUGUGUCUAGCAUCAAGAUCCAGUCUCACACUUAUAACCUGUAA